GGCGCAAUCGCCAUUAGAAGGUGUGUCCUGAUAAGAUUAACUUAUUGUGCAUCUGCCUGUUUAAUAUUUGUAAGAAGACUUUAAUAUUUGUAAGAAGACAUGAAGUAUCUCUACAUAUAAAAUAUUGAAGUAAAUUAUUCCAACAAACAUGGACAUUAAUGAUGUAAGAACUGAGCAUGUAUAUGAUGAGAUUAUUCAACAAGUUAAAGAAGAGCAAACUAGCGGUAAUGAAACAAGCUAUCAGUGUAAUUUGUGUGAUGAAGAAUUUGAAUCAGAAAUUGAUUUAGAACAACACUGUGAAAUACAUGUUAAAGAAGAGGAUGACUCUGAUUUACAUCAUGGUAAAAAUUUGAAAUCAAGUUUUAGUCAGUUUAAUGAAACAGAGAUAGAAAAUAAAACAGGUUCUAAAAGUUAUGGAUAUCGUAAACCACCUGAGGCCAUCAAUACUGGUGAAAACUGUUAUAAAUGUUAUGUCUGUCGUAAAUCAUUUAGUAGUGACACAAAUCGUCAAGUACACUUGAGAACUCAUAUAGGUGAAAAACUUUAUAAAUGUGAUGUUUGUGAUAUAUUAUUUAAACACCAUUGUUCUCUGCAGAAACACAUGAGAAUUCAUACUGUAGGAAAACCUUAUAAAUGUUAUGUUUGUAGUAAAUCAUUUAAUCUGAAUCAUCAUCUACAGAUACACAUGAGAAUUCAUACUGGUGAAAAACCUUAUAAGUGUGAUGUUUGUAGUAAAUCAUUUAAUCUGAGUCAUAAUCUACAAACACACAUGAGAAUUCAUACUGGUGAAAAACCCUAUAACUGUGAUGUUUGUAGGAAAUCAUUCAGUCAGUUAAGUGGUCUACAGAGUCACAUGAGAACUUUUGCACCAAGAAAAACGACUGAAUGUAAAAGUGCUAUUUGUUGUAAAGGCAGUGGUCAACUACAUGGCCACAUGAAGGCUCAUAUGAAGACUCGUUCCAGAGACAAUUCUUACAAAUGUGGUGUUUGUAGCAAAUCAUUUACUAACAGGAGCAAUCAUCAAGCACACACGAUAUCUCACACCGGAAAAAAGCCUUACAAAUGUGAUGUUUGUUGUAAAUUAUUUAAUUAUAAGGCUAAUCUUCUGACACACAUGAGAAUUUGUACUGGUGAAAAACCUAAUAGGUGUGAUGUUUGUGGUAAAUCAUUUAAUCGGUUUGGUAAUCUACAGGGACACAUGAGAAUUCAUACAGGUGAAAAACCUUAUAAGUGUGAUGUUUGUGGUAAAUCAUUUAAUCUGAAUCAUCAUCUACAGAGACACAUGAGAAUUCAUACGGGUGAAAAACCUCAUCAGUGUGGUGUUUGUAAUAAAUCAUUUAAUCAGAGUCGUAGUCUACAGACACACAUGAGAAUUCAUACUGGUGAAAAACCUUAUAGGUGUGAUGUUUGUAGUAAAGCAUUUAAUCAGAGUCAUCAUCUACAGAGACACAUGAGAAUUCAUACUGGUGAAAAACCUUAUAAGUGUGAUAUUUGUAGUAAAGCGUUUAAUCUGAGUCAUCAUCUACAGAUACACAUGAGAAGUCAUACUGGUGAAAAACCUCACAAGUGUGAUGUUUGUAAUAAAUCAUUUACUUGCAAAGGUCAUCUACAGACACACAUGAGAAUUCAUACUGGUGAAAAAUGAAGAUGUUUGUGGUACAUCAUUUAUUGUGACUUGUAAUCUGAAGACACACAUGAGAAUUCAUACAGGUGGAAACACCUACAAAUGUGAUGUUUGCAAUAAAUCAUUUAAUCAGAGUAGUGAUCUACAGACACAUCUGUGAAUUCAAACUAUAAAUGUGAUGUAUAUGGUUCUUCAUUUGUAACCCGCUCCCACAAAACCAGGCUCUUGGUCAUUUUUGUAAAAAUAGAGCUGGCAGCAUAUUUGAAUAGUCCACAGCCUAAGCUUUCCAAAAAUGCAAAUUCUUUCUAAAGUUGUGUUUGGCUCAUUCACAGCAACAAGAAGGCAUACAGUUUAUGCUUGUGUGCCCGUAGUACAAAAUGAAGUUGUGCGACAAGCACUUGGAUCAGGUCACAUUUACUCAGCAUGGUGAUCUACAGGCAUACAUCAAGAUUCUUACUGUACUUAAAGAGAAUAGUUUGGGAUAUCAAGUAUUACCGGGUUAUCCAAAUUACCAGUAUAUGCGCUAAUUGCUUAGGUCGUCUUUAGUUCUCAUGGGGCCUAUUUAAACAAUGGCACCUUAAAUGGACCUACGGCAUGAUACAGCAUUUUAAAUUCACUCUAAAAUAUUCCAAUCACAAAUGUGUAAUCUAUAACAACGCAAGACGAUAAUUCGGUGAUUAUGACUAUGCCAGUCACAUGUUAAUUGGACACAUACACACUUGUCAGCUGGUAUGAUACGGCAUUUUAAAUUCACUCUAAGAUAUUCCAAUCAAAAAUGUGUAAUCUAUAACAACGCAAACGAUAAUUCGGUGAUUGUGACUAUGCCAGUCACAUGUUAAUUGGACACAUAUACACUUGUCAACUGGUGGUGUGUAUUGUAUAGAUAAGGUAUAUAGUAUGUGUAGUGCCUGUGACGUCACCAGCCAAUCAACCGGAUUAAGAUUGUAAUUGAAAAUUUGAAAACCGUUUUUGGCUUUCGGAUACUUAAACCUCAAUAGCUGAAUUAAUUUUAAUCAGAUUGGUUUGAACUUGCCGUAAAAUGGAUAUAGUAACCAUUGGCUAUAAGUACAUUCAAUUAAGAUUUUUAAUCUUAUGUGGUCUUUAAGCCUAGUAGUAUAAGUAUAUAACAUAUUGAUGAUAUUGCUACAUUAAGCCUAGUAGUAGAAGUAUAUAACAUAUUGAUGAUAUUGCUACAUUAAGCCAAGUAGUAUAGGUAUAUAACAUAUUGAUGAUAUUGUUACAUUAAGCCUAGUAGUAUGAGUAUAUAACAUAUUGAUGAUAUUGCUACAUUAAGCCUAGUAGUAUGAGUAUAUAACAUAUUGAUGAUAUUGCUACAUU